AUGCUUUUGUGUACAUAUGCUCGAGCACGCUGGAGUGAUCUACGAUUCAUCCAUCAUGUUGAGAUCGAAAGCAAGAGAAACGGCUGCCUGGUAUUGUACACAACUGAACACAAGACUUCCGCUGUUGGCGAAAAGAAGGAACAAUACCUGCCAUUUGUUGUCCCUUGGGAUGGAGUGACGAAUGAAAACUGGUUGCAGAUUUUCCUGGAUCUUUAUCAACAGGUUGGGCUAAAUAUUCACAAGGUCCUCUCCUACCAGCACCCAGAUCCGGUGGUGGAUUCUGCGCACGGCCCUUGGCCACAUCUGAAGCUGCUGCCUGGUUGCGAGGUCUUUUGA